AUGUCAGGAAUUUCAAGGUUAUACUCGCUCCUCUGUGUCACGUCAUGCACCUUGUACAACAUAGGGCUCUUUAAAGCACUAGGGAAUCUGUAUGUUACGACAAGAUCAAGUGCCGUUAUUCGGGGCUUCCAGGAACCCUUAACAUCCAAGCGAAUUUCCGAAAUUCGGGGCAUGCCAGUUAUAUUCGUACGAACGAUUUCGAAGAGACAUAAGGCCACAAGGUCAUCUGAAGGCAGUGAGAUUGACGCUAUGUCUUGCUCACAAAAAAGUUGUGCAGCGUGCAAGAAAUGGCUCACGUCAAAAUUUUUGCGAAAUCUCGACGUCCGACAGACCAAUCCAUCCGUAGAGACUGUUCUACGUUUUUUGAGAGAGGUCGGUCUGUUUGGAUGUCGUCCAGCUAAGAAGCCGCUGAUUUCUACCAAGAAUCGCAAAGCGCUUCUCGAUUGGGCUCAUGCUCACAAAAACUGGGCAAUCCAGCAGUAG